AUGGCACUUCCAGAUCCAUCUCCCGAUCUGCCUGACGAAUCUGAAGCCUCGCUUCUUCCACGUUUUUCCCAGGAGGAAGAAGCAGCCUUGCUACAGGAGUCUAAUGCGCAAAAAAGCACAGCAAACAAAUUCUUUACCUCAUCACAGUACUCACAAGCCAUAGGCGAGUACGACAAAGCGCUGUCAUCUUGCCCGAACUACCUAGAAUACGAAAUCGCCGUACUGAAAAGUAACAUCGCUGCCUGCCACUUGAAGCUCGAGGACUGGAAAGCGGCUGUUGAGUCAGCUACAGCGGCUCUAGAUGCCUUGGACAGGCUCUUGCCCAAGAAGAAAGAGAACAAGGAGGAUGACGCCGAGAAAGACGGAGGUGUUGUGGAGAUUGAAGGCGAAGGCGCGGAAGCAGAAGAAGAGCUUAAGAAGCUUGAAAUGAGUGACCAGCGGCGCGAUGACAUCCUCCGCAUACGCUCCAAAGCUCUCAUGCGUCGAGCGAAAGCAAAUUCAGAGCAAGGAGGAUGGGGAAAUCUACAAGGUGCCGAGGAUGAUUACAAGGCUCUUGCACAACUACCGACGCUGCCACCACAAGACCAAAAGAUCGUCCAGGCAGCUUUGAGAAGUCUACCGCCACGCAUCAAUACAGCCAAGGAGAGGGAGAUGGGCGAUAUGAUGGGCAAGCUGAAGGAAUUGGGCAAUGGUAUACUGAAACCGUUCGGGCUGUCGACGGAUAAUUUCAAGAUGGACAAAGAUCCGAAUACUGGUAGUUAUAGCAUGAACUUUAAUCAGGGCAGGUAG